AUGCCGGCUCCUUCUCAAAUCAGCAUCUUCCCCGCCUCCUCUGCAAACGCCAAACUCAUCGCCGUACUCUUGCAGCAACAGCACCCUGAGAUCCGGAUCCGGCUUGCUUCGCGCACUCCCGUAAAGCUCGAAGCCACUGGAAGCAACGUCACUGUCUCUGAGACGCCGCUUGACAUCGCCAACGUCGCUUCGAUCAAGGACGCUCUCGAUGGCAGUCAGGCUGCAUUUAUCGUGAACCCUCCAUUCUACGGCUCAAAGGAUCCUUUCUCGCUCUCACAGAAAUACGUCGACUCAAUCACCGAGGCUGCUAACGCUAGCUCGACCCUCACAAAGAUUGUCUACCUCUCCUCAAUCGGUGCCGAAAAGAGCGACGGAACCGGCCCCAUUCGCAACGUCCACAUUGCAGAGAACGGCUUCUUGGCUAAGCUUCGUGACGGAAUCGAGCUGUAUGCACUGCGACCUCCUUACUUUCUUUCCAACCUCAAAGCUGUCCUUCCACUUGCCAUCAAUCCUCCCCACAUUCUGCCAUCCGUGUUGAUACCCUUCGACAGGUCGUACCAGCUUAUCGACUCGACUGCAAUCGCCACCACCGCGCUUAAAUACCUCGUUGCACCACCCUCAUCGUCUCCCGACGUCGCCAAAAAGGGACAUAUUGUAGCUGUGCAGCUUGUCACUGAGAAAAAAACCGUCCCCGAGCUCGCUCAGUACGUCUCUGAAAUCACCGGCACCAAGGUGAAUGCAAUUCCCAUUCCUCAGCAAGAGUGGUUCGACACGUUCAAGAAUGCAGGCUUACUCGAAGAGCAGGCUCAGCUCCUUGUCGAAAUGUCUACCGGCCUCUACACUGGUCACAUCGACUUUAUCCACGACCAAGCUGCUCUUGCAAAAGAAAACCAGCGAGGCGUCACCGUAGUCACUGAGCAUCCCCAUGUUGAUCACAAGUCUGCCCUUAAGCACCUCAUCGGAGCCGUCCAAACUACCCAUUGA